AUGCCGUUCCCCUGCCCACAGCUGCCCAGGAAGCUGCCCAAGAAGAAGAGCCGCUUCAAGCGCUCGGAUGGCAGCACCUCCUCCGACACCACCUCCAGCUUCAUCAAGAGGCAGGGGUCAGCCGAUUCGUACACGAGUAGACCCUCGGAUUCCGACCUGUCCCUGGAGGAGGACCGGGAGGCGUAUCGGCGUGAAGCCGAGCGCCAGGCCCUGCUGCAGCUCGAGAGAGCCAAGACUAAACCAGUAGCAUUUGCUGUGAAAACGAAUGUCAGUUACUGUGGGGCUUUAGAUGAAGACUGUCCUGUCCAAGGUGCUGCUAUCAACUUCGAAGCCAAAGACUUUCUACACAUUAAAGAGGUGAGAGGGAAAACUGGAGGGAAUUCCUCCUCCAGUCUGGGAGACAUGGUGUCUGGAGGCUGGAGGUCCACGCCCCCUUCCGCAGCCAAACAGAAGCAGAAACAGGCGGAGCACGUGCCUCCCUAUGAUGUGGUCCCUUCCAUGAGGCCGGUGGUCCUGGUAGGACCUUCGUUGAAAGGAUACGAGGUCACCGAUAUGAUGCAGAAAGCCUUGUUCGACUUCCUGAAGCACAGGUUCGAUGGAAGGAUAUCCAUCACACGGGUGACGGCUGACCUGUCCUUGGCCAAGAGGUCCGUCCUGAACAAGAGAGCCAUCAUGGAGAGAUCGAAUACCCGCUCCAGCCUGGCGGAGGUGCAGAGCGAGAUCGAGCGGAUAUUCGAGCUGGCCAAGACGCUGCAGCUGGUGGUCCUGGAUGCAGACACUAUUAACCACCCUGCGCAGCUGGCCAAGACCUCACUGGCGCCCAUCAUCGUCUAUGUCAAGGUCUCGUCUCCGAAGGUCCUGCAGCGGCUGGUCAAGUCUCGCGGGAAGUCGCAGAGCAAGCACCUCAACGUGCAGUUGAUGGCAGCGGACAAGCUGGCUCAGUGCCCCCCGGAAAUGUUUGAUGUGAUCCUGGAUGAGAACCAGCUGGAAGACGCCUGUGAGCACCUGGCUGAGUACCUGGAGGUCUACUGGCGUGCCACACACAUGCCGGGCUCUGCCCCCAUGAACCCCCUGCUGGAGCAAAACCUGAUGACCCCACCCUCCGCCAUCUCUAGCCUCCAGGGCCGGCAGCUGCUGGCGGGGGGAGACCGUGGGGAAGACCUGGAGGGGGCGCACUCCUCUGUGGAGCUGGACAGCCUGAUGCAUUCCGACGAGGCCAGCGACACGGCGUCCCGGGGCCCGGCCUGGGGCGGGGGGGGCCUGCGACCGCCGGAGCAGCAGGAGUACAGCCGGGGCCACGACCGCGCCUACCAGGACCUCUGCAAGCCACACCGCAGCAACGGCGCCGGCCUGCACAGCGCCAACGGGCACGAGUCUCAGGACCGCCUGCUGCUGCAGCGCGACGCCGACCAGAGCCACAACGGGGGCCACAGCCGCCAGCGCCCCAGGCCCUGGCCCCGCGACAGCUACUGAGGCCCAGGGAGGGGAGGUCGAGGGGCGGGAGGGGGUACCCCCGCCAGGGCAGGGCCUGCAGCCCCGCUCCAGGAGUGCCACAGUCCCCUAAGGAAAAUCCAGGUUUCACUGUCCCCAUUGUUGACCACCUGCCGAGGAAGCGGGGAAAGCUGGGAAUGUCAGUAAUCCGGGACAGGAGAGGCGUGCACAGCGGCCUGGAAGCCUCGCUCCGAUUCGGUGAAGCCGUGCCAGGCUCGGCCGGGAUGAGCUGUGGCCCCUCGGGAGCAGGGCUGCACCCCCUCCCCCUGGGAAUGAGGCAGGAGUACGGAAUCGUGGGUCUUCCAUUCCUUUCCGAUGCGCUCCACGGCCCUGCCUGAUCUUUAGCGGAGCGCUGACCAACCGAUCAGUUCACCUCUUCUCCACGGCCACCAGCUGCAGACCACUUACACAUCCCCAGGCGCCAGAGCUGGGCAACAGCUCCCUACAGCCUCAGGUUACCCCAUUCUCAACUACAGUGCCCCCCCUUUUUAAGACGAGAAGCCCCCUCCCAGGUGUUUGUAGAAUCAUACAGUAUUGACUCACGGAGGCAACCAUACAAGCCACAGCUUAUGCACAGAUGUGUGGGCAAUCAGAGGUGAGCUUCAUCAUUUUUAAAGUUCAGGUUUUUGCACAUAAAAUAAUACAACAGCCCCUCAAAGGGAUCCAACUUGCUCAGCUAUCCAAAGCAUGUAAGCACUUCAUUUGAAAUCUUCUUCACCUUUUAAAACGCAUUCAGACCUGCAUGUAAAGUACAGGGCAUUCAUAAACCAACCUUCGCCUCCUCCCCUUCUUUUCUCAAAGGCUGAAGCGAAGCCCACCUCUCACCCCCUGUAACCAUAUGAAGCGAUCUGAGGCAGCUUUCGUUUUUUAGAAUUAAUGCACACAGAAUGAACAAGUUCCUCCAUCCUGAUUGCUCCAGGAAACGGAUCAGCAGGUGUCCAAGUCAGCUUGAACAGCAGUUACCGUAACUUUUAACAUUAGGAUGGGUGUUCUGCUCCGGUAUCUUGUGGGCAGAAGAGACACAGACAUUACUAUAGCAUAAAGGAUGGCUGGUGCUCGGCCCAGACAACGCCUGCCUUUAGUUCAGAAAGGGUGAGUUUAGUUUUGCACAUAUGCCUGCUAACUCCUGCACUUGUUUAAAAAGCAGGAAUACGUUUUUCCUUUCUUUCUUAUAGAUUGUGAGCCUGUUUCAACAGCAUUUUUUCCCUCUUAUGAAUGACACCAUGCAUAGCUGAGUUACUCAAGCAAAAAAAAUCUUUCCAGUUCUGCGGCACCAAUCUUAGUUUUUUCACUCUUUUCAAAGGCAGCCAGCAUCACCUGCCCCAGCCUCCAUCAGUGGCCAGCAGCAGCAAUUAGAAUCCCAAGGCAGAGCACUUUGAUCCAAGAUGAGAACGAGCUGCUUCUUCUUCAGACACUGCCUGUGGACAGUGAAAGUGUCAGCAGAUAAGCGUGACGUGAGAUUCAUUUUGAAAACAGAUUUUCUUCUGUGGGCUCAAUAGGUUGAGAACCCCACAAGUAUUAAAGCCUGGAAUGGAUUGACAUGCUGUGCAAUGGGAGUCUAAUUCUUUUGUAGCAACUUUUGUAGUAACUAAUUCUGCUUGUCGUUUUAAUUGUAAUCAAGGUUAAUGCUCUGUUUACGAGCAGCCAGGACAAGAUUAUUGAAAAUGUUAUUAAUAAUUGUACACCAUUAUUGAUUUGAUCAGCUGCAGUCCUGCAGUUGUUUAAGAUUGAUGGUGCUCAUGUAUUAAUAUGCAAAUGGUCUUAAAGCAGAGGUCUCAAACCCUGGUCCUGCAGAGUCCCAGUCUGGUCUGGUCACCACAGGGUUUCCCAGCCCUGGUCCUGCAGAGCCCCAGUCCGGUCAUCACAGGGGUCCCCAGCCCUAGUCUGGGAGUGCCCCAGUCUGGUCAGUACAGGGAUCCCCAGCCCUGGUCUGGGGGAGCCCCAGUCCAGUCAUCACAGGGGUCCCCAGCCCUAGUCUGGGAGUGCCCCAGUCCGGUCAUCACAGAGGUCCCCAGCCCUGGUCUGGGGGAGCCCCAGUCUGGUCAUCACAGAGGUCUCCAGCCCUGGUCUGGGGGAGCCCCAGUCCGGUCAUCACAGGGGUCCCCAGCCCUAGUCUGGGGGAGCCCCAGUACGGCCAGCCCAGGGUCUCCAAACCAGGUCUUCGAGAGCCAGGAACACAUAAGGACAGUCACUCCGGAUAAGCAGAAGUUCAGACUGUUUUAAAGUGCAGAAUCUGAGAUAGUUUGAUCUUGCUGGCCUUAAACCCCAGAACCUGGUGUCUUUUAGCAUUGCAUGUAUGUAUUAGAAAUAAUAUUUAAUUAGAAUAUUUAAUUUAGUAUAAGUUUGCACAUUUAAGUUAGAAGAACAAAUCAAUGAGUAAGGAAAUUUCCUAUGUUUUCUUUCCCGUCCAUAAUUCAUGAAUCUGAGGAACUUGUACAUAUGAAAUAGCCCAGUUUAUUUUUGCUUGCAUAUUUGUUAUUUUGAUCUACAUGAUACUCUGGCUUGUUUUAAAAGCAAAGCAGCCAUUCCUACAAAGGAAUGAUUCUGUUGUAAGGUUUUACAGAAAAUGAUCUACACCAGAGAAGGGCUGCUAGUGUUUUUGAAGAGUUGAAGCUGUAAAAUGUUCUAUGUUGUCGGUUGUAUAUCCAGGUUAGUCAACAUGCAGAGCUUUCAGUCCUCCACACAGCUCCUUAAUUAUUUGGGAAUCAGCAGAAUCAGAGGGUGGCGUGGUGAUUUCAGUGGUUAGCACUUAAUUCCUGGGGUGCUGUCUGUGUGGAGUCGGUAUGUUCUCCCCAUGUUUGUGUGUGUUUUCUCCAGGUGCUCCACGGUCCAAAGACAAGCUGGUAUGUUACUUAGCUUCUGGGAAAAUUGGCUUUUGUGCGAGUGCGAGUCUGUGUCUAUGCCUGUGUGUGCCCUGUGAUGGACUGGUGUCCUAUCCCGGGUGUACCCCGCCUUGCACACAUUGCUUGCUGGGAUAGGCUCCAGCUCCCUUGCAACCUUGUAAUGGAUGAAGCGGUUAGAUAUGGAUGGAUGGAUUAACAGGAUCAACAGGGCAAGGUGCAGAUUCUAUCCAUGUACUGGAGUGGAGUGGAAGGACUACAGUUUGAGCAGCCCUGGUUUUACACCAUUUUCCUGUAUUUUACACGUUUAACGGCUACGAAAGGGCCAGUUUCACAAAGCUCCACUAGGAGGCAGCAGGCUUAAUCCAGGUCAAGUAACAUAUAAGCUCCUUGCACAAAAAACACUACAGGGGGCGCCCCUUACUACCAGGGCACUGUAACCCUGCUCCUGAGCUGCCACAGUCCAGAAUUGCUAUAGAUGGACUUUAAUAAGAUCAAGGACACUUACAAUGAGUAAGCAUGUUAACUGCUUUUAAUUAACUGACCGAUUGAUCCUGUUAAGUCAUUUGCAGCUCAGCUGGAAUAAGAACUGAGGCGUUCCAGGACCAGGGGCUGCAGACUCUCAGGGCCCCUGAGUCAGCACCCCAGCUGGGUCUGCUGUCGCCUUCAGCAGUGCACCACCACCCAGCCUCGUGUGCACAGCUGCUGCCGUUCCUACAAAGGUGCAGAGCUCCUGCUUGAACUGUUUAGUGACAGAAGGAGAAAGUCAUUUCUGAAGCCACCUAGCGGAGCGCUUUCUGAAACUCAUGGCGUCUUGCGGUGUGGAGGUUAGCCGUUCGGGCGUCAGCGCUGCCGUGGCUUUUAGGAACGUGAGGCUCCUGAGUGACACAUCCAUCGCACGAGCUCAAGCCAAGUUCCCCUGGACUCCUGUAGUCUCAUAUUCCCGUGUUUAAUAGACAAACGCAGCCCUGCCCCACCCCGCUACACCACUGCCAUGUUGAAUCAUGAUCACAGCUCACCAGGACACCGUCUGCACGCGGGCCUCAGUUCGGAUCAGGGACCAGAGCCAGGGUCUCCUUCUAGAAGCAGGGCUGCCCAGCCCUGGGCCUCAGAGUCUGAAAUCCAGCAGUUCCUCUGUCUCUCUUCGACCCUUCCACAGAAGAGAGGAAUGAGCCGGGCCAGUUCCUGUUCAGAGAGAGCUGUUCAAACCCGGGUCCCGCGGGGGCCCCAGUCCGGUCAGCCCUGCAGGUCCCCUGUUCUUGGAGACUGGGGGAGCACCCGCGAGUUACUGAGCCGGGCCAGUUCCUGUUCAGAGAGAGCUGUUCAAACCCGGGUCCCGCAGGGGCCCCAGUCCGGUCAGCCCUGCAGGUCCCCUGUUCUUGGAGACUGGGGGGCACCCGCGAGUUACUGAGCGGUCAGGCAAGCCAGCUGGUCAACUGAGACAGCUCUGGUCCCUGAGCGCCGGAGAGGGUCUCUGAAUGACUUAUUCGAACUAAUCAGCUGUUCAUUGGAUCACAAAGGAAUGGCUCCGUGUUUUUGGAGCCCCUGGCUGUCGCGCGGCCCUGCAGAGACAGCCAGCGGGCUGGGCUCCAGAGCGCAGGGACAGAGCGAGGAGCCCGCCCCUCGGAUGACCCAGAAGUUUGGCUCACACUCGUUUAACUGUGUUAGCUCCUCGUGGGGCUUUGACACCGCAGCGUUUCCCGAGCUGGGCAACUUUAAGACCCGCGAGGCGGUUCCGGCGAGUCAGGCUCGCCUGAGCACCCGAGGGCUGGCUCCUCCCGAGAGCAGGGGCUCAUUCGGACCCAGGACACGCCGCCGCCACCGCGCAGAUCACAAGCCCGCUGGGGGGGGUUUGCCCCCCACGUACAGUCACCCAGAGACCCCCAGCAUGUCCCGCGUCCGCGCGGAACCCUGUCUCUGAGCCCGUUAGGUCUGAGGCCCACCGCUGGUCACGCCUCCCGUUUUCCCUCGGCCUUGAGGGCGAAGUUCGCCCCCUCACUGCCGAAAGUGAAGCAGAGGACAGCUGUCCAGCCCGACACACGUUCAGCCCACGUUUGUCAUUACAGGGUCAAUGUCAGGGAUUGCUUUUAAAAGAACAGAACGGGGGGGGGGUGUCUUGUCCGUAGUUUAAAGAUGGCCAGAAUCUGCCUGAUCAGCCCAAGCCAGAGCUCAUCCCCCCAGGAACGCCACUACCGGAGCCAUCCCAUGGUCUCCAAGCUGCAGGCGCGCACGCAGACGCGUGCGGGCGCGGCGCGGCCCCGGCGGGGGGGACGCGCGUCCCCCCUCCGCUACUGAGCUGCACCUUCUCACUCUCGGCUCGAGCAGCGUCCGUUUGCAAACCCGUCUCAUCCCGCGUCCAGUGUUUUUGAAGAACUCACAGCAUGAACUGAAAUUUCCUCCCUAUGCAAGUGUUGCAUGAUAACUGAUUGUUGAUACGGUUCAGAUAUACUUUAGUAACGAAUUCUGAAAAUUAAGAUUAUUAUAUUACGGAGUUUGUAUUCUUACCCUGUUUUUAUACACAAUACGCAGAGCGUACAAAACUGCAUUUUCAAAGGUAAAUCUCUUAAACUAUUGUUUAAUGCACCUGCCAAAUGAUGGGGGGCUCUUUCGUGUAAAACCGGAAAUGGAACGGCAGAUGCGAGUAAGCAUUCCAGCCCAUGAAACUCCCUGUCCCACAGCGAGACUCGAGUCGACCCGGAUCGCUUUGUUAACAGAGUCGAGUGUUGAGUUAAUUGGUCUAAUUGGUCUAAUUGGUCUUCGUAAAGCCGCCAUUGUUUUCAAGACUUGAACCCAACUGGGGAGUUCGGUGCUUUGACCAAAAAGUGCAAAAUCUUCAGUUCUGUCCCGGAUCUUCCGCGAUCCACUUCCGUCUCCCAGUGGACCAAUAUUUCAAGAGCGAAAAACAGCCCGGGUGAUGUUUUAAUCUCCUCUGAAGCACAAUUUUUAAUAUUCCAGUUGCUUUAAUGCGUCUCAUUUUUAAUCGAACGAUACUAGCAUUCUGUAUGCAAUACAAAGCCUAAAAGUAAAAGAAAACAAACUUAGAAGACAGAGAAUUUCUCUCAUUAGUGUAGGUAUAAGAAAGGAAUUGCACUAUUUUCUUUUUCUGAUGUCUGCUUUGUAAUGCAAUAAUGCACUAAAUGUACCCACUGAGCACGCCAGAUGUGCUAGCGUGACUAGUGCCACGCCCCCUUCCUUCUGUAUUUUCGAAAAAUAUAUAUAUAUCCUGCCUGAUGCUGUAUAGAAUGCCUUUCUAUUUAAAUAGAAAUUAAAAUAUCAAUAAAAACAUAACAUUUUAUGUA